ACUCACAAAGGUGGGCAGCACCCACAUUCCCCUCAAAGCACCGGCAGGUGAGAAACAGCUCCCCCGGAUCCUGUUAGGGAAGAAACAUCUCAAAAGUUCCAUCUCAAGGAAAGAAGAAAUGAAGUGGCUCGGUUACCUUAUUAUUUGCUUUUAAACCGGUGUCUGCGGAAAUGUGGCUCUUUGGACUCCAGGCUCAGAAGCAUGUGAGGGAUGGUGCCUUGAGUGAAUGACCGCUUUGGAGAGAGAUCUUCCGUGUCCCUCGCUGUGACCCAGCCCAGCCAGAAAACGGAGGAAGACUCGGCAGACCCCGUGCCCCCCAGGCCUCUUCUGCACAGCAAGACACCUGUCUGCUCCGUGGCUUCCAGGAGCCUGGAGGCGAGAGGCACCCAGUCCUGGCUCAUGUGUGGGGGGCCUCGCUAGCCAUGGCACACCUACUCGGCUUCCUGCUGCUGCUGCUGGGGCUCUGUGGGGAUCUGGUUUCAGGAGGGCAGCCCUCAGCCCCACGCCCUCUGGAGGCUUUGAACUACACAUUGCCUACAGCGAAAUACAGGAUCCAGCAAGCCUACGAAGUGGGGCCCAUCGGCGCUCUCUUCCGGAUGGUGCACGUCUUCCUGUACGUGGUCCAGCCGCAUGCCUUCCCUGAAGAUACUGUAAGAAAAAUCAUACAGAAGAAGUUUGAGCCUUCAGUUGACUAUGAAAAGGUUGUCUACUACGAGAUGGGGAUCAUCAUCUGCAGUUUCCUGGGACUGCUCUUUAUCCUCCUGAUGCCCCUGGUGGGCUGCUUCGUCUGCAUAUGUCGCUGCUGCAACAAGUGCGGGGGGAAGAUGCACCAGCGGGAGAAAGAGGACAUGGUGUUCCGCAGGAAGUGCCUGGGCGCCACCCUCCUGGUGAUCUGCAUCCUCAUCAGCCUUGGUAUCAUCUACGGCUUUGUGGCCAACCACCAGGUGAGGACGCGGGUGAAAAGGACGCGGAGACUGGCAGACAGCACCUUCAGAGACCUGCGGACCUUCUUGGACCAGACUCCGAAGCAAAUCAAGUACAUAUUGGCCCAGUACAACACCACCAAGGACCUGGCAUUCUCCGAUUUGAACAAUAUUAACUCAAAACUGGGAGGUGAGAUCUGUGGACAACUGAAGCCGGUGGUGAUUCCAGUCCUCGAUGAGAUCAAGGCCAUGGCCACAGCCAUCAGAGAGACCAAGGAGGCCCUGGAGAGCAUGAAGAGCAGCUUGGACAGCCUGCACAGCAGCAGCGAGCAGCUGAACAGGAGUCUGACGGACGUCAGAACCAGCGUGGAGCAGUCCCUCCAGGACCCCCAGUGCCUGGUGCAGCCGGGCGUGGAGACUUGCAGCAGCAUCCAGACCUCUCUGAGCCAACUGCAGGGCAACUCUGAGCUGGGUCAGCUCCCAUCAGUGGAUGCAGAACUUAACAAAGUUAAUGAUGUUCUGAGUACUGAUUUGGAUGGCAUGGUUGAACAGGGCUACAAAUCCUUCAAUGACAUACCUGAGAGGGUACAACAGCAAAGCACGGCCGUCGUAGCAGAGAUCAAAAAGGUCUUGGAUUCCACUGGUUCAGAAAUCGACAGUGUAACCCAACAGCUCCCUAUCAAGGAGACACUGGACAAUUUCAUCGGUUACAUGAAUGAGUCUGAGAAGUACCUGCACGACAUUUUGCCCAAGGUGGAAGAAGCUGACUCCUACUGGUGGCUGGUCUGCUUGAUCAUCUGCUUCCUGCUGACUCUCAUCAUAAUUUUCUUUAACCUGGGCUUACUGCUGGGCGUCUGUGGCUACAACAGGCUGGCCACCCCCACCACCAGGGGCUGCGUCUCCAACACUGGAGGCAUCUUCCUCAUGGUGGGGGCUGGAUUGAGCUUCCUCUUUUCCUGGAUAUUGAUGCUCCUCGUGGUUGUUGCUUUUAUCGUUGGUGCAAACAUGGAAAAACUGAUCUGUGAACCUUACGCCAACAGGAAGCUAUUCCGGGUUUUGGACACACCCUAUCUUCUGAAUGAGGAUUGGAAGUACUACCUCUCUGGCAUGGUUCUUAGUAAACCAGAUAUUAAGCUCACUUUUGAACAAGUUUACAGCGACUGCAAAGAUGAUAAAGGCAUUUAUACCACACUUCAGCUGCAGAACCGCUUCAACAUCACCGAGCAGCUCGACAUCGGACAGCAUACUCAAAAACUAGUCAGGGAAUUUGAAAGCAUGAACAUAAAUCUUGACGGCAUCGUGCUGCUGGAUGACUCAGGAAAAAGAAACCUGCAGGAAUUUUCUGAAUGUGGAAUAGACAAAAUCGAUUAUGCCAGCUACCUCACACAGACUGGAAAAUCUCCCACAAAAGUGAACCUUUUAUCAUUUGCAUACGAUCUAGAAGCCAAAGCCAACCAUUUGCCCCCAGGAAAUUUGAAAAACUCCAUGAAGGAGGCUGCACAAAAUAUUACAGCAAUUCACGAGCAGCAAGUCAUUCCGAUGGAACAGUCACUGGUCACUUUGCACAGAAGUGUCAAGACACUGCAGCGCACGAGCGGCAGCUUGCAGGGAGUGAACAAGACCCUUUACUCUUUGGAUGACGCCCAGAACUUCAUCACAAGAAAUAUUUCAUCUAUUAUUAUUAAAGAAACUAAGAAGUUUGGGAGAACUAUAAUAUCACAUUUUGAGUAUUAUCUGCAGUGGGUUGAGUAUGCUAUCACUGAGAAACUGGCAUCCUGCAAACCCGUGGCCACGGCCCUAGACUCCACUGUCCAAGUCAUUUUUUGUACCUACCUCACCGACCCUCUGAAUUUGUUUUGGUUUGGCAUAGGAAAAGCUACUUUGCUUUUACUUCCGGCUCUAAUUCUUGGUAUAAAGCUGGCCAAGUACUAUCGUCGGAUGGAGUCAGAGGACGUGUAUGACGAUGAUGUUGAAACUGUACCCCUGAAAAAACCCUUACGUUAUUGACAGCUGGUGUUGAAAUUGCUUGAGCAUCAAGACACUCUAAGUGGCGAGCAUCGCAGACUUCUGUAGUUUCUGGGGCUGCACGGAUCUCCCCAGUCCUGGAGGCGCUCUGACGGCAAUGCAGCGACGCACGGGCACCAGGAAGCGUGUCCUUGGUCUCGGGGCUGUGCUCUGUUGGGAAUGAACAUAAUCACACCUACAGCCUUGUCUCCAUCCCUGUUCAGGCGUGACCCUCCCCUCGCCUGUGUACUUUUACUUUUUCACACCGGGUUCCUGUUGAGACACUACAACACACAGGGUGUGGGAUCUUGUUCAUGCGUUUCGGCGUCAGCAGCUGCUGAGCUGUGGGGGCUGGGUUUCCAACAGAACACCAUCUGGCUUACAGGAAAGAUGCAUUUUGUGUCUAAUAAAUUGUGUAUAGACCUGUGUUACCACAAUCAGAGUAUUUUUACACCAGUGAGUAUUGUAGGAUUUCUCUUCUCAAUGAACUCCCUGUCGGGUCAGUGCUGACUUACGGGUGCUGCGGAAAAGACUCCAUUUUGGCUGCGCAUGCUCAGAACCCACAGUGUCAGCUUCCUCUUGGGGAUGUGCAUCUACUUUGCCCAUGAUGUGUCAAGUUCUCUUUGGAAACAGGCUACAAGAGCAGUCCCAGAGCAAGGUGGUUAUUCUGUCCAGGAAAUGAGAGAGAGAGAGAGAGAUCUUGAGAAAGAGAUGCUAUUCAGAAAGUGGAGUGAUUUAGACAGAUGCCAAUUACGGGGUACACUUUCAUGGAACUUUCUGAUCUAUUGGGAUAAACGUUGAUGGAGUGCAGCUAACAUAAAUGACAUCUGGAUGCUAAAGGCAAGUAUAAGAAGGUCCUGUUGGGAUUCUUAGGUUUGGUACUCAAUGUGAGUGAGUCAUUUGAGCUUGGUCUUUAAAAGCACAAAGUAAAUAUCCAUUUCCUUUGAGGUUUUUACCUGGGGUCAGCAGUAAAAAAACUGGGCAGAUUAAAUUCAGCCUCUGUUUUAAAGUAGGCAUUUUCCCAGGCAUUUGCGUGCGCAGGCCACCAUCCUGAUCCAUUUCAAUAAAGAGGAACUUGUCAAAUUUGA